AUGCCGCCGUGCCUUGACGACCCGCUACGUGAGGCGCAUGGGGCCGCUGUCGAUCACCGACUGAGCCGGCCGCGCUCGUGUUCGUCUUCGCUUCGUUCCAGCCGGUCAAUGCGGUCAUCGACCCACUGGAUCAUGUCACCAUGGCUCGUCAUGACCGCCGCGAUCGCGACCUUGUUCGUGACCGUCUCCGACGCCUCUUCUCCGCCCCCACGGAUCCUCCACCCUCGAGCGUUGUCGCAUCCUUCGCACAUCCAAACGCGUAUCGUCGCUCGCUCGGCUGGCGCUGCCGUCGCCGAGGCGGGCGCUGAGGGGACGGGCGCGGCUUUGUCCGAUCGACGCGCACGGCGCCGCGCCUUGCCUCCAACCCUAGAUCGAGAUCGAACUCGAACGGGCACCCGACAUGACUCGGACCCAGCCUCGGCCUCAACAGCCAACGACAACCACGACUCUUCGGCAACAAGCCUCCUCCGAUGGGACGACCGCUUCAUCCUCUCGUUCCAAGCCCACAACGAAUCACUGCACCUAGCACUGAGACCGAGCACUUCGAUCGUUCACCCCGAUGGCAUCAAGCUCGUCGAGACACACACCGACGCGCUGACGGGCCGUCGGCACACGACCGAAUCGGUGUUGGCUCGUCACGAGGUGCGCGUCUAUGAAGGUGUGAUCCUCCCGCGCGGAGGUGACCUCGAGGAUUGGAUCAGGGAGGAAGAGGCUGGGGUCGUCAGGGAUCUCGCCAACGACGGUAGAGGGUGGGCCAAGAUUCUCGUGCCGAGCUCUCAAUCGAAUGACGAAGACGCCGAGCUCGACUUUCAAGGCAGUUACUCGAUCGACGGCGAUGCGUACACGAUCCAUUCGACUCCGAGGUACUUGGCCGUCAAGGACAUGGACGAUCCCGAACCACCGCAGAUCCUGACCAAACGAGGGCCCGCCACGACUCUGCCUCGAAUGGUCAUCGUUCGAGAACGGGAUACACUCUCCCCCGUCGAGCACAUCGAACGUCUGCGCAAGCGUCGGUCUCCGAUCCCCGACCCUGAACGGUUUUCCGAUACGGCUUUGGAAUCCGGCUGUGGUCACGAUACGCUCUCAUUCAACACGGACCCGAACCACCCCGUGCUCGCCUCGGCACUCGAUCAGUCCGUCUUCGCCGACGUCACCACACCUUGGGUCCAUGGUCUUUUUGGCCUUCCGUCUCGUUCUUCACCCCUCGAUGCGGAUUUUGCACUCGUCGACCGAGGCGCGAUCGUCUCCUCCUACCCACCUCGCCGAAAGGUCAAGCGACAAUCGGGUGGCGACAUCUCUGGCGGCACCGGGACCUCGUCCAACUUUAUCAACUCGAUUGGAUCGACGCAAGGAUGUCCUCGCUCGCGUCGCGUCGUGUUCGUCGGUGUAGCCUCCGAUUGUACCUUCACCGCACAGUUCUCUUCCCCCGCUGCGGCUCGCGAAUCGAUCCUCACCGACUUCAACAGCGCCUCAACCCUGUACCAGGCGAGCUUUAACGUCUCACUCGGCAUCGUCGAGCUCAACGUUCAAUCCGGUUCGUGCCCGACCACAACGGCCCAAGUCGAUGCGAGCAACCCUUGGAACGUCGGGUGCACAGAAGGUGGUGGACCCGGGCUGACCCUUAACGAUCGUCUCUCCGUCUUCUCGCAAUGGCGGUCAAAUAAGGGUGGUGGAGAUGGCGCGGGUCUGUGGCACUUGUUGAGUAACUGCUCGACGGGCAGCGAGGUCGGCGUCGCUUGGCUUGGUCAGUUGUGUCGUGUCUCGUCUGUGACGAGUGGAGGUCAAACGACGAGCGGUACGGGCGUGACGACCUUGACGAGGAACACCUGGCAGGUCAUUGCGCAUGAGAUUGGCCACAACUUUGGGUGAGUCCGAUCAGCGAUUGUUGGUGGUUCUCCCGCUCAAUAGUUUUGACCGUCCUUACAGUGCCAUCCACGACUGCGCAUCCGGCUGCUCACUCAACCAGGCGUGCUGCCCACUGUCGACUUCGACGUGCAAUGCGAACGCGGCUUACAUCAUGUAAGUCGAAGUAGCCUCGUUGUUCAUUUGAGUAAAGCAUCAAGCUGAAGGAUCGUUGCGCUCACAGGUCCCCAGUCUCGGCGCGCAACACGUCUGCGUUCUCACCUUGCUCGAUCGGCAACAUCUGCUACGCGCUCGGUAACUCGCUCAACACAUCGUGCUUGCGCGUGCCAGGAGCGACGGGGAACCCUUCCAUCAUCUCGAUCGAAUCAUGCGGCAACGGCAUCCUCGAAGCCGGUGAAGAAUGUGAUCCGGGAGGCCAAACCGACCCGUGCUGCGACGCCUCGACCUGCAAAUUCGUCUCCGGCGCCGUCUGCUCGUCCCUCAAUUCGCUCUGCUGCAACAGUUGUCAAAUAGCUUCCAACGGGACCGUAUGUCGCACCGCCGUUGACACGCGCUGCGAUAUCGCCGAGACGUGUUCGGGCUUGACGGCGGAAUGCCCGGAGGAUAAGUAUCGCAGUGACGGGACGGGGUGUGGGGAUGGUGGGUUGGCGUGCGCGACGGGGGUGUGCACGAGUCAGUCGCUGCAGUGCCAGACUGCGGGCACGUCGUUGAAUUUGACGAGCUCGUGUAGGGCCACGGUCAGUCCAUGUUCGGGUCGUGCGUCGAUUCGCGCGGUGGAGACUGAUCAGGUUCAUAUAUCGAUCGGCACGUAUUGCAGAGCUCGUCCUGCUCCAUCACUUGCCAGAAUCCUUCGAGCCUAACAAGUUGCGUCGUGCUCGAUCAAAGCUAUCGAGAUGGGACGCCUUGUGGAUGUGAGUUCCUGGGACGCAGGUCGCUGCUCCACUUCAUGAGCGAGAAGGUACUGAUCUUGGGGGGUUUUCACAGAUGGUGGUCGAUGCAAGGAUGGCGACUGUGCGGCUGGCUCGGCCCUGGACACCGCCAAAGGCUGGUACCGUAACAAUUUGGCGAGUGAGUCGUCGCAUCUACCCGUACUUUGAUCUCUCCUUACUGUCUCGAGACGGAUUCUGAUCCGAACUCUCCCCUCUUCUCAGUUGCCAUCCCCGUAACCAUCGUCGCCGGCCUCUUGGUACUCGGCAUUAUCUACGCCCUCCUCCGCUGCUGCUUCUGCCCCCGUCAAUCCUUUCGACCGCGCAAGAACAAAAAGGGCACCGUACCAUCAUCGCAAUACGCCGUCCCUAACGGACCCCCCACCGGAGGAGGUUAUUACAAUGGUCCACCUCCUCCUCCACAAGCGUACCAAAACGGACAUUACCCUCCUCCACCACCGCAAGUGUAUCAGCAAUCGAACCGCAACAAUAAUUGGGUCGACCCGAGUGCUUAUAACGGGCCUGAUUAUGGGCAUGGGAGAUGA